AAGUACUUAGAUUUGAAUAAACACCGUAAUGCUGUAUCAGAAAUAAAAUUUGCAAUGAAUAAUUUAUUGCAACCAAGUUCAACUGCUUUUUGGAAAAAAAAUAGUUCAAUGUUUUCAAAACUAUUUGGAGAAAGGCAUAAAGUCGUAUUUGAUAAUAUUUAUGAUAAAAAAUGUUCGAUUCAAUUGAGUGUUGUACCCAAAACGAACAUUCAAAUGUUGGAAGUGUAUAAAAGUUUGAGUUUUGAUAAUCCUGAUGGUGGUGUUUGGAAACAGGGAUGGCGAAUUGAGGUUGACGAAAAAGAAUGGAAUAAACAAAAUAAAUUAAAGGUGUUCGUUGUUCCUCACUCUCACAAUGAUCCAGGUUGGAUUAAAACUGUGGAAGAAUAUUACACCACACAAACAAAGCAUAUUUUAGAUAAUAUGCUGAAGAAAUUGCCUGAAGAUCCCCGAAGAAAGUUUAUAUGGGCAGAAAUUUCCUAUUUUUCUAUGUGGUGGGAUGAAUUAGAGGAGGAUGAUAAGGAAGCAGUGAAAAGGUUGAUACGGAAUAAUCAACUAGAAAUAGUAUCAGGAGGUUGGGUGAUGAAUGAUGAGGCAAAUUCACACUGGAUAUCGAUCAUGAACCAGUUCCUAGAGGGCCAUCAGUGGCUUCAAGAAAAUUUGAAUUAUACUCCAGUCAGUCACUGGUCUAUUGACCCAUUUGGUUUGAGUUUGACCCAACCUGCCUUACUGAAAGAAAUGGGUUUGAAGAAUAUGUUGAUUCAACGAGUUCACUAUUCUGUUAAAAAGCAUUUAGCAAAAGAACAGCAGUUGGAAUUUCUGUGGAGACAGUUGUGGGAUGGUAAUGGUAAAACUGAUAUGUUCACCCAUAUGAUGCCUUUUUAUUCUUAUGACAUUCCUCAUACUUGUGGACCAGAUCCAAAAAUUUGUUGUCAGUUUGAUUUCAAACGACUUCCAGCUCAUGGAAUGAGUUGUCCUUGGAGAGUAUCACCACAGGUUAUAACUGAUAAAAAUAUUGAAAAUAGGGUGCAGCUUCUUUUGGAUCAAUAUAGGAAAAAAUCGAAAUUGUAUAAAACUAAUGUACUACUUGCUCCUCUAGGAGAUGACUUCAGAUAUGAUCAUCCUACUGAAUGGGAUGUUCAGUAUAACAAUUACCAAAAGUUAUUUGAUUAUAUGAAUUCCAAGCCCCAUCUCAAUGUGAAGGCUCAAUUUGGAACUUUAUCUGAUUAUUUUAGGGAACUCCGUAAAGAAAAAAAAGUUACAGAUUUUCCAGUUUUGUCUGGAGACUUUUUCACAUAUGCUGAUCGAGAUGAUCAUUACUGGAGUGGUUAUUAUACCUCUAGGCCUUUCUAUAAAAGAAUGGAUCGAGUAUUACUGUCAUAUAUAAGGGCUGCUGAGACCAUACACACUCUUGCAUAUCUCAGUAAAAACUCAGGACACUCAUGGAUUGUAGAAAAAGAUCAUGGAUUGCUGGAAACAAUAUCAAAUGCUCGUAAAUCUUUAUCGCUCUUUCAACACCAUGACGCAAUAACUGGCACCGCGAAAAAUCAUGUUGUUAUAGAUUAUGCAAAUAAAAUGAUAACGGCAAUAAAUGGAUGUCAGAAAGUUAUUCAGAUUUGCACUCAUAUUUUGCUGAAAGGGUUAGGUGCUGAAAUUCCCACCAAAGAUGUCAGCUAUUACCAUGUUGAUGAUGUUAGACAUUCUCACAAUUCUCUCUCUGAACAUUACCAGAUAACAAUUGGAGUUCCAGAAAUGCGCACCAAAAAUAUUGUAAUUUUCAAUUCUCUUACAUUUACUAGAAGGGAAAUGGUCACAUUUCAUGUUUCUACUCCUUUUGUCGAGGUGAUCGACUUUCAAGAAAAACGUGUGAUUUGUCAAAUUUCGCCAAUUUUUGAGUAUGCUUCGUCUAUCUCCCAAACUAAAUAUCAAUUGUCAUUUAUUGCUGAAGUACCACCGCUGGGUCUUGUGAGUUAUGUAGUGAAUGCACUAGAAGAAAUUAAUGUACCUAAGGAAACCGUGUAUUCUUCAGUGAACAUUUUCAACUAUUACGGAGAUAUUCAAGUUCCAAGUCAAUUCAAAACUGAAACAUUUCCCAGUUCCUCUGAGUUCACAUUGCAGAAUAGUAGAGUAACUGCCUCUUUCAACAAAUUAGGACUACUGAAAUCUAUUAACGUAGGGGGAAAUACAGUUCCUGUUCAUUUGGAUUUUGUCAAAUAUGGCGUAAGAGCCAACACUAAUUCUGAGAGAAGUGGAGCCUACUUAUUUUUACCAGAUGGAGAUGCUGUUCCCCUCCAGUUGGAAAAUAUUAUUGUGAACGUGAUAAAAGGACAAUUGUUGUCAUCUGUGUCUGUACAAUUGCCUUAUAUUCAUCAUACUACCAUGCUCUAUAAUACUCUAGGCGCCGAUAGUCUUGGAAUAGAGAUUCAAAAUUUAGUGGAUAUAGAAAAAACUAGUAAUUUCGAAUUAGCAAUGAGAUUAUCAACAAAUAUAAAUAGUAGUGAAGAUUUCUUCACCGAUGUAAAUGGUUACCAA